AUGGUAAACAUAAAUUGGCCUGGGUUACUAAAAUGGUCUACUAAAUAUUCAGAUGGAACUAUCGAUACAAAUAAGAGGCUCAGUAAAGAAGACAUCGAGUUUUUACAGGGCGCAAUAAAAGAAGCCUUAAGUCAAGUAGAAGAUCCAUAUGAAGCUAUAGGUGAAGCAGUUCGAAAUUUUGAAAGCAAAGAUGAAGGUAUUAUAUUAGCUUCUGCAAAAAUAAUUGAAAGACUAGUAGAUGAAUACCCGGAAGUAGCUAAAAAUUUAGAUAAAAUAAAUGCAUUAGAUCCUUUAUUAAAGUUGUUAGAAAGCAAUAAUAAUCACAUAUUGGAAUCAGUUUUACAAAUAUUCUCUCUAGCAUUAUCUAACAAUCCUGUUUUGCAAGAUUGUGUUUUUAAAAAAAAUGGUUUAAAAAUAUUAUUAUUAAAAUUACAAGAAUCCAAGCAAACCACGGUUGAUAAAAAAUUAAUAACUGCUAUAUCAGCAUUGAUUAGACAUCAUGAUGAAGGAGAAAAUAAAUUUAUUGACUAUGGUGGUAUAGCAUUUCUUGUUUAUGGCAUGCAAACAAAUAUAUAUAAAUAUCAAGAAAAAUCAGCAUUACUUUUAAAGCAUUUAGUUCAUCAAAAUAAAAUCACAUUUGAAAUAUUUGAAAAAAAUAAAGUUAUGAAUGGACUUAUAGCAUUAACUAAUAAUAAAAAUAUCGAUGAAACUGGUAUACAAUAUGGUGAAACUACAGCUGAGCUAUUUUUAGCAUUAAUGCAAAAUCAUAGGCAUAAAUUAGCAAAGGGUGGCUAUCUCAAACAGAUAAAAGAAUUAAUCGAAGGAAGAUUAAAUUAUUUGACUGUCAUUCAGGAUAACGCUUCUUAUGAUGUAUCGCAGGAAAUUGAUCUUUUUAAGGAAUGCCUAAAAUUGACGAAAUGGCCAGGUGUUAAGCAAUGA